AUGGCUGACUUGGAUCACUCCACCUCUGAUGACAACUCUGUGGAUUCUAGAGAGGAAAGUAGUCAAGACUCUAAGCUUCACUUCUCAGAAGACGAGGAAACUCUAAUCACUAGGAUGUUUAACCUGGUUGGUGAGAGGUGGUCUCUGAUUGCUGGUAGAAUUCCUGGAAGAUCAGCAGAGGAGAUUGAAAAGUACUGGACUUCAAGAUACUCAACAAGUGAAUGA